CCCGAGACCCCGAGACCUCAAGACCCUAGCCGCCCGGCGCUGCGGGCCGGGCCCUGAGGAGGCCCCAGGAGAGGCAUCUUCCCGGCGGGAGUCGCCCGGCGCGGGGGUGGCCGCGGCCGCACCGUUUGGGAAGGAGGACGAGGAGGAAGCGGCGCUGCCUGCCGGCCGAGAGGAAGCGCUCCACCCGGGCCCCCGACGGCGCUCGUUUAACCACAUCCGCGCCUCCGCUGGAAACGCUUACAGGCGCCUGUCACCCGUUCCCUCCAUUUUGAAAGGGAAAAAAGGCUCUCCCCCUUCCCCUACUCAUAGGAGCUGGAGCCGGAGGAGCCGCGCUCAUGGCGUUCAGCCCUUGGCAGAUCCUGUCCCCAGUGCAGUGGGCGAAAUGGACCUGGUCCGCGGUGCGCGGCGGGGGCGCCGGAGAGGACGCGGCCGAAGGGCCCGAGGGCGAUCCCGAGGAGGAGGACUCGCAAGCCGAGACCAAAUCCUUGAGUUUCAGCUCGGAUUCUGAAGGUAAUUUUGAGACCCCUGAAGCUGAAACACCAAUCAGGUCACCUCUCAAGGAAUCCUGUGAUUCAUCACUAGGAUUGGCAGGACCGGGGGCCAAAACCCAAGAAUCACAAGAACUUGAUGAACAGCUAGUAGCAGAAGUGGUUGAAAAAUGUUCAUCUGAGACUUGUUCUAGACCCCCAGAAAAUGAAGUAUCAAAGCAGGCUAUUGCUUCGCACUCGGUCAAGGAUUUCAAAGAAGAACCUGAACACGAGAGUAGCAAAAUUUCAGUAGUGAGGCCAUUUUCGAUAGAAACCAAGAAUUCCCCGGACGCCCUGGCAGCUCGAGGAACAAAGGUAGCUUAUGGCUGUCUAACUGUGGUCUCGGGCGAGGCUUUGCCCUCCAGCACACCGGAAGCCAUCCCGGACAAGGCAAUGACAGAAGGCACCAUGGGGGUGACCCUGGAGGCCUCCACAGAAGCUGACCUGCAGGCUGGCACCUCCUGUCCAGAGCCCGUUCCCAGCAGAAGCAAGCUACCAAAGCCCAAACCUGUCUCUCUGAGGAAGAAGACAAUUGGCGAAUUCUUAGAAGCCGAUACUGUCCCGGAGGUCUCCCCUCUCUCCCAGGCAUCCUGUCAGUUCUGCGCUGAUGACAUGGAUGGGAACACAAAUCCUUUGCUAGGAGGCGCCAGGAUCCAGAAACCUCCCCCUGACACUAAGGAGACCUCGAGCGCUCUGGGCAGUGACACCAACGACUCAGGAGUUGAGCUGCUGGAGGAGUCCAGAAACUCACCUCUGAAACUCGAGUUUGAUUUCACAGAAGAUGUAGACAAUGUAGAGUCCAGGAAAGGCCUUCCGAGGAAACUUGGCAGGAAACUGGGUAGCAAACUGCCUCCCAAGGUACAGAAAGAUAGCGUCAGUAAGCCAGUAGGCGCCAAAGGUGGGGACCAGCCUGCUGACCCAGCUGCAGACACCACUCCUCCCUCCCAGGCAUCCACUAAGCUGGCUCCCAGCCAGUGGGAUAACCCCAACUUCAGUCCCUUUGGGGGCCACUCCGCUCUGCAGAACGCCCCCCCUCUCUCCUCUAAGGGCUCCUACCACCUUGACGAAUCCAUGGAUCCCUUUAAACCAACUACAGCUUUAGUGAGCAGUGACUUUUGUUCUCCCGCCGGUAAUCAUAUUAAUGAAAUCUUAGAAUCACCCAAGAAGGCAAAGUCGCGUUUAAUAACGAGUGGCUGUAAGGUGAAGAAAUAUGAAACACAGACUCUUGCUUUGGAUGGGUGUUCUCAGGAUGAAGGAGCAGUGAUCUCCCAGAUCUCAGACAUUUCUAAUAGGGAUGGCCAUGCUACUGAUGAGGAGAAACUGGCGUCCACUUCAUCUGGUCAGAAACCAGCUGGGGCCGAGGUGAAAGGCAUAGAGAAAGAGAUGUGCCAGAAGAUGGAAAAAGAUGGAUCUACCAUGACUGGACUGUUGGAGUCUUCUGUGGAGAAGGCCCCCGUGUCUGUGGCCUGUGGCGGGGAGAGCCCCUUGGAUGGCAUCUGCCUCAGCGAAUCUGAUAAAACAGCCGUGCUCACCCUCAUAAGAGAAGAGAUAAUCACUAAGGAAAUCGAAGCAAAUGAAUGGAAGAAAAAAUACGAAGAAACCCGACAAGAAGUGUUGGAGAUGAGGAAAAUUGUGGCUGAAUAUGAAAAGACCAUUGCCCAAAUGAUUGAGGAUGAACAGAGGACAAAUAUGACCUCUCAGAAAAGCUUCCAGCAGCUGACCAUGGAGAAGGAGCAGGCCCUGGCCGACCUUAAUUCUGUGGAAAGGUCCCUUUCUGAUCUCUUCAGGAGAUACGAGAACCUGAAGGGUGUUCUGGAAGGGUUCAAGAAGAAUGAAGAAGCCUUGAAAAAGUGUGCUCAGGAUUAUUUAGCCAGAGUUAAACAAGAGGAACAGCGAUAUCAGGCCCUGAAAAUCCACGCGGAGGAAAAACUAGACAAAGCCAAUGAAGAGAUUGCUCAGGUUCGAACAAAAGCGAAGGCCGAGAGCGCGGCUCUCCAUGCUGGACUCCGGAAGGAGCAGAUGAAGGUGGAGUCCUUGGAAAGAGCCCUUCAGCAGAAGAACCAAGAAAUUGAAGAACUAACGAAAAUCUGCGAUGAGUUGAUUGCGAAGCUGGGAAAGACCGACUGAGUCUCCCCCUCGUUAGCUCAGCAGGUAGCAGUCAGCUUGUCGGUGUCGCCAUUAGCAAGCGUGUUUGCCAGUAGAUGCCCAUUUGUACUCACGUGCCAACAAGUAAACGUCAGCUGCCCAUCUGCUUCCGCUGCGUCCCCGCGGGUGCCGGGAAGUGUGUGAGGAACCUCUCGUCAGGAGGCGUGAACACUCCACUGACUACCGCUGUCAGGAUCGUGUCGUGUGGAAUAAUCAUCUACAUAAAUUUUAUAUGCACAGUACUUCCCCUUUUAUAUGUCAGGUAAAUAUUUGUAAAAGUUAUACUCACACAAAUGAAAUGAUUAUAAUGAUUACUAAUAUAUUUUUUCCAUGUUUCAUUGCCUGAAUAAAAACUGUUUACCACUGUUA